AUGUACAUUCUUUUCCGGUCGCUGAACAGACCUCCGCCAAAAUGAGGAAAAUCAUGAAGCAGGGCAAGAUCGUAAUCGUCCUUAGCGGGCGUUACGCUGGCCGCAAGGCCAUCAUCGUCAAGACCUCCGACGAUGGCACCCCGGAGAAACCCUUUGGUCAUGCUCUGGUCGCCGGUAUCGACAGGUACCCCCGCAAGGUGACCAAGAAGAUGGGCAAGAACAAGUUGAAGAAGAAGUCCAAGAUAAAGCCUUUCCUGAGGAGCUUGAACUACAACCAUCUGAUGCCCACCCGCUACACGGCGCAUGACAUCAGCUUCGAGAAACUGUCGCCCAAGGACCUGAAGGAUCCCGUCAAGCGCAAGACACACCGCUUCCAGACCCGCGUCAAGUUCGAGUCCAUCUACAAGGAGGGAAAGAACAAGUGGUUCUUCCAGAAGCUGCGUUUCUAAGCUAGAAACUAAUGGGAUGAUGAUGAUGAAUU